AAUCGAUUCCUUCGACAUUCCUCUCUUUAAGUCUGAAUCGGUGCUCCUCGAUAGAUUUGUUGCACUAUUCCUGUUAGCUUACCAGGCGGUUUAGAACUUUAAAUGCGAAAAUAGCGAUGUAAACGUUAUGUUAAAUAACCAGGGAAUUCAACCAGUAUGUGUUGUUUUUAACAACACUAAAAACUGCUUUAUUCAACUUCCGUCAAAGCUGAUAUCGCACCUUUCUCUGAAUGAGAAUCAGGCUUUGGAGCUGUCGAGGGAUGGCGGGUCGACGGUGUUCCUCAGUUGGUGUCCCAGCAGAACCUCCUCCGGAGCGGACGGCCACAGAGUGGAGUUGUCUCGGCAGCUGGGAGAGAAGCUCGGUUUGACAGAUGGAGAGCAGUGCUUCCUCAGACCAUGCCAUCAAGUCUCCUCACUGAAUCAGGUGUUUGUGGAGCCGCUGUCAUCUGAUGACUGGGAGAUUUUGGAGCUUCACAGUUCUGCGCUUGAAGAGCAACUGCUGAACCAGAUCCGAGUGGUUUUCCAAGAUGCUGUGUUUCCCGUCUGGGUGAACAGUCAGACGGUCAUCUACAUAAGAAUAGUUUCCCUCUCCCCUCAUGUGCCUUUUGGUCAUCUGGAGCAAUUCACAGAGCUUGUAGUCACUCCGAAGAUCGGUGCUGGCAUCAAAUCCAGCCAGAAUCAGCCUUUUCCACCUCGGCAAAACCCUCCGUUUUCUUCAUCUUCCCUGUCAUCAGCAGAGAGUUCAUUCCAUGUACCUCACAGUAACUCCCCGGGUGGCAUUGCUAACAUGAAAAACUUUCUCCGCACUUUAAUAACGGGCACGUAUGACUCGAUAAAGGAGCUGCCACCUGUACCUGACAUCCCGGUUUUCUUCCCUGACGCUAUCUACAGAGUGUGCAAUGCACCUCCAGACUCUCUCUGCACCAUUAGCCACAUUGCGACCGGUGUUGUUCACAUAUUUCCAUGGAACCCCUCUUUAAUAGUCGGCAAGUCUGCAGUGACAUACGGCCUCCUUUCCAAAGUUCAGUCUCCUAAAGAAGCCAAGGAGAAAAUCAAGCGGGCCCUAGAGAAGAAGAACAGCGUUCCUAAGGAACAGCCUCUUUCUGACAAAAGAGGUGAAGAUAAAAAGCGAGAGGAAGCGAUGGUUGUCAGGACGAUUUGCCACGGCACAGAGAUGCUGACUAGCAGAGAGAGAUGCCCCAGUAAGGGGGAGAUUUACUGUGGAAAAGUAUGGAUCCCCGAACCUCUGAUGAGCGAAAUAAACAUCCGACCUCACUCAGCUGUUCGAAUAAAGCCUGUCAAAUCCACCAUAAAAGUAGCCAUCAAACUACGCCUGCAGCCUCUAAAUGCCACUCCUGAGGAGGACGAUGAAGAGAUCCAGUCCAUGUUUCUGGGUUGGCUGCACACAAAGAGCCACGAACCUUUGGCCCGUCUGACUCCACGUUCUGGCACCAUCCUCCUUCAUGGAAACGACGCCAAGUUGGAGAUUGCUUUAACGGUGCUAAAACCAGAGCCACAGAGUGAUCCUCAGGACCAACUUUUUCUCCUGUCACCCACUGUUCUGCACAAGGAAGAUAUACAGGUGAACAGACAGCCAGCGACGAUGCCGGCUGUGAACGCUGCUGCUGAAGCACCCGAGCUGGAACUUCCAUCUCUUCAUAGUCUUGGCGGGGUUGGUGAGCUUGCUCGGGUUGGAUUUGAGUUCCUUUCCCACAGCUUUGUGGGUAAUCCGCUCUCCAGAGAGCUCGGAACAGCAGGACGGGGUCUCCAAGGAGGAGCGCUGCUUAUUACUGGUGCAAAGGGAAGUGGAAAGAGCACUCUGUCCAGAGGACUCUGCAGAAAAGCCAGAGAGGAUUUGGACUCGCAUGUGGAGGUGGUGGACUGCAAAAAGCUUCAAGGCAAAAAGGUUGAGACGGUGAGGCAGAUUUUCCAGGAUGUUUUUGAGCAGGCAGAGUGGAGGCAGCCUUCUGUUGUCCUGCUUGAUGACUUGGAUUAUUUGGCUCGAGCCCCAACCUCACCUGAACAUGACGGCGGGCCCGAGGCGCUGCUGCAUGCACACAUUGCACAAACUCUAAGGGACGUGGUGGAUGAAGUUGUGGUUCGCUCCAGCUUGGUGUGCCUGAUCAUCACCAGCAUGAGUGAACAAUCCCUCCACCCGUCUCUGACUGAGGUCCAGGGCUCUCACUUCAUCCAAGGGUUUGUGAACAUCCAGCCUCCAGACCAGGCCCAGCGAGCUGCGAUCCUGCGGCAUCUCAUCCUGAGAAAACCUCUCUUUUCGGAAGAGACGCUCAGCACUCUCAACCUGACAGCUGUUGCCAAGGAAACAGAGGGAUACACAGCCCAGGAUCUAAAUGUUUUGCUGGAGCGGGCUACCCAUGCCAACACAACCCGAACAGGACGCCGUGACCGCGAGACGCAUUUAACCCUGACAGACUUUGAGCAGGCUCUGAAGGGAUUCGUUCCCCCCUCGCUGUGGGGAGUGGACCUUCACGUGCCGAGUGGAGUGGGACUAGAGAGGGUGGGGGGUCUGAAGGAGGUGCGGCAGCAGCUCAUGGACACCAUUCUGCUUCCUGCUAAGUUUCCCAUCCUAUUCUCCAAUCUUCCCAUCCGUCAUCGCUCUGGAAUCCUGCUCUAUGGAGCCCCUGGAACAGGAAAAACCCUCAUGGCGAGAGCUGUUGCUAAGGACAGUGGGAUGAACUUCAUCAGCAUCAAGGGACCUGAACUUUUGAGUAAAUACAUUGGAGCCAGUGAGCAGGCAGUCCGUGAUGUCUUCCAAAGGGCUCAAGCUGCCAGCCCUUGCAUCCUGUUCUUUGACGAGUUUGACUCUCUGGCCCCCAGGAGGGGCCACGACAGCACCGGGGUUACCGACCGAGUGGUAAACCAGCUUCUGACCCAGCUGGAUGGAGUGGAGGGUCUGCAAGGUGUUUACGUGCUUGCAGCCACAAGCCGCCCGGACCUGAUUGAUCCAGCUCUGCUGAGACCUGGAAGACUUGACAAGUGCCUCUACUGCCCUCCCCCCGACCUGGAGGCUCGUGUGGAGAUCCUAAAGGCUCUGAGCUCAGGCCUCCCUCUGGCUCCCAAUGUGGAUCUGGAGCAGUUGGCAGCAGCGACCGAGCAGUUCACCGGUGCAGACCUCAAGGCUCUGCUCUACAACGCUCAGCUAGAGGCUGUCCACACCAGCGCCGGGCCCGGUGCUCCACAGGAGACGACGCCCGUCUCAGACAGCGACAUGAGUCUGUCCUCCAUGAUCUUUCUAAACAACAGCAGUGGCUCCGAUGAUUCGGUUGGGGAGGGAGACCAAGGCGCUGGCUCGGACCUGUCCAUGGUUCUGGUCGAGUCCAGUGAACUUCGAGCAGAGGAUCAGGAAGAUGACAACAACCUUUGGAGACUGUACUUCGGAAGUUCUUAUGAAUCAGAGCUGGGCAAUUCACCCAUUUCAAGGCUGUGCGUCUCUGGACCCUCUGUGACACAGGACUGUCCUGGAGGAACGCUCUGCGAGCCGGCCUGCAUUCUGCCUCCUGCUUACAUGUCCUCCAUCCAGACUGGAUAUGAGGAACUUAGCCUGGAGGAAUUGGACCACUUGCAACAAAAAAUUAACAACAUCAAGAGCAGCUACAAAAGAGCCAAUCAGGAGAGUGUUCGUACGGAUUUGUCUUCCAGCCAGCCAAGCUUGUUAGUGUCUCCAGCUCACCUGAACGCUGCUUUGGCUGUGACUAAAGCGUCUCUCAGUCAGACGGACUGGAAGAAAUACACAAAACUAUAUGAAGAUUUUAAUGGAUCCGCUGAUGGAAAAGUUCCUUCCUCUGUGGCUUUUAAACCAGGACAGCGUGCAACUCUGGCGUAAUCCUGUGCAAUAAUCGGACACAAUCUCAUCCCCUUUAGUAAAUCAUGUUUCCAUACAUUUUUAAAAACUGAGCUCUGGAUAGAUGCACAACCAACCACUGAUUGUAUAAUUCCUGCACACAUGUACAUUGUAUAUUUUGUGAUUGUAAAUAUGUAAUUGUUAAAAAUCAGGAAAUAAUAUUUUCUUAGAAACUUAAAAGGCAAGUUUUUUUGGCUACUUUUUAUAGCGGGUUUUGCUAAUUACUUAAUAAAUAACUAGAUGAAAUAAAUUCUGCUAAAAAAAUAACUUCUUG